AUGAACCAAUUGAAAUCACUGCAUCUUUCCUUAGAUAAGAGUCAUGAAUAUAAUGUCAUGUUCCUCAAUAAGACCCAAAAUUUUGGAGACACCUCCUCUCAGAAUUCAGAUUCUCCUCAAGAGAAUACCAAACUUUGCUCGAAAAUUGCUACCUAUGAAUUAGAUCAAUGUCAAUUUGCAAAGGAAAACUGCAUGUCACCACUUGGUGGCAUGUUAAAUUUUAUUUUUAUUCGUUAUUGCACCUUCCAGAAGUUAGAACCAUUGUUCUAUGUUUUGGCCUUUCUGUGGAUGGUCUUUUUAUUUUACAUGCUUUCGAAAAUUUCUCGAAUUUUAAGAUUGAGUCCUGAUAUUGCUGGUGUAACUUUUCUCUCAUUUGGAAAUGGGGCUCCAGAUAUUUUCAGUACUAUCGCAGGCAUUUUCUCUGGAAGCACUGGAUUUGGGCUAGGUGAGCCAAUUGGAUCUGGACUUUUUAUUUGUAGUGUAUUGCUUGCAUGCGUCACUUUGGUUGUGAAAGAAGCAAAAGUGUCAGCCUUUCCUUUUCUGAGAGACGUCAUUACCUAUCUCAUAAGUGUUACAUUUGUGUUUGUGAUCAUCUUGGUCGAUGGUUCAAUCAAUUUAUGGCAAAGUAUUUCAUUUCUGGCCAUUUAUGUUGCAUAUGUGGUGUUUGUCAUUGGAAGUAAGCUUGCCAUGAAUAGGAUACAAAACAGAAAGCAAAAAAUUCAAGAAAAAAGAAGGUGCCUUAUCAACAACGAGGAUCCAUGUCUCCUCUCUGAGGACAGUUCCUUCGAUGAAGCAGAUUCUUCAUCAUCGGGCUGGAAGGAAGGCAAGCAACCCACGCUUCGAUUCUCCAAAGUUGAGGAUAUUCCUGACAAGGUGAUUGAAAUUUUACGAAAGAAGCAACACCAUUAUGGAGCUCAAUAUAACCCAAAGUUUGGAAUCUUUUUCUAUGAGACGCCAUCUUUGGACAAUUUGAGCAGUCAAAAGUUGAAAUCGAUUGACAUUGGCUCUGUUAUCAUUGAAAAUCAUUUUGAUCAUAAAAACACAGGAGAAGAUGUGUGUGAAGCAUGUCAUGAGGCUGGAGGAAACAGAACUUGGCUCGAAAAAGUGAAAUGCAAAGCUUGUCAUGUGUGGGCUGAGUUUUUGGAUCAGUGCGAAUGGGAAGAAAAAUCGAGAGGAGAAAAGUUAUUCUUUUUAUUGGUAGCACCAAGCAUUUUGAUUCGAAAUUUGACCAUUCCCAAGAUUUAUACCAUUGCCAAUGAAUUGGUGGAUGUGCUCAAUUCAUUUGGAAUCAUGUGGAACAUUAGUGAUUCCAUUCUUUCCAUUGCCCUUUCUGCUGGCAAUAGUUUGAGUGAUAUGGCUGCUGAUGUUGCGGUGGCCAGACAGGGUUUCGUUGAGAUGGCUGUUGCUGCUGCGUAUAGUGCACCUGGAUUGAGUUUACUUUUUGGUCUUGGCAUUUCCAUGACAGCCAAUUAUAUCAUGACAUCAAAACCAUUCCCUAUUGAAUUUUCUCCAACCUUAUGGUCACUUUUGUUUUCCUCAUUGCCGUUUUGA